AUGUCUAAUUCUUUCAUACACGAUUCACAAGAUUCUUCAGUUACAGACGACGUCUUAAGAGAAAAUAUAAAAAUUAAUAAUUCAAUAGUGUUGAGUAGUGACUCUUCAGAUUCAGAUCUAGAUUCUAGCUUUCAUAUCGAUGUUGGUAAUGAUCCAAUAUUAAAAACACUCAAAAGUAGGCAAAAAUCGAUUAAUCAAGAAGAAAGUAAUGUUUUAAAUUUGGCUGGAAAUAAUUUAUUUAAACAAGUGAAGAUUCAGCAAUUUGAUUUAGGAAGUAACUUCGAUAAAAACAUUACUAAAAAUUUAACUGUUUUGAACAAUGAGUCAAUGGCUUCGGAUGGCAUUAAUGAUAAUCUAUUGCAAGCAAACACAUUUGUUUCACAAGCAGAGAUAGAUACCAAGAAACUGAUUUCAUUUUUGGGUAAAAGUACCCUGAAGAAAUAUCAUAAUAUAGAAUAUUAUAUAAAUAUGCUUGUUAAUGAAAGAGUUUCUUCCAAAUAUUUAGAUUGGUUUUUCUUCAAUCAAGAUUCAACGAUCACAGAUAUUAGUGAUAUAAUAUCUAAUGCUGACUUUUUUUUGUUAGGGAAUAAUUGGCCUAAAUUAAAAGAGUUAAUUUUAAAAAAAUAUCCAACUAUUAGUGAUCUUUUAAUGAGUAUUGGGGUUUCAAAUGAAAAAUUGGAAAGGUUGGGUGAUGGAAAUUGCUUACAGCUAACGACAGAUAGAACAUAUGAUCCCUUAGCGAAAUUGUUACCAUUUGAUUCAGUUUUACAGAUAAUUGCGUUUUACUGUCAUGAGAAAGGUUUUUUAAAGAUAUAUUUUGCAAUAAUGUUAGAUAGAAAUUUUUAUGAGUUAUCGAACAGUUAUGACAAUAAUUUAUAUGAUUUUCUGAAGAUAUUUUCAAAUGAGCAAAUAUUAGAUUCGUAUUUUCAACUAGUUUCGAAGGAUGACUAUUUCAUGCAUUAUAGAUUCUCUAGAAUGAUUCCUCAAUAUAAAAAUAUACUAGUGAACUAUUUAUGGAAAACUGAUUCAGAUAAUAUUGAUGAGUCGUUAGAGAAACUAGCAAAUGAAUUUAAUAAUUUAUAUGAUAAUUCAAAAUAUGAGAGUUUAUUAUAUUACAUUUUAUUCAUUUAUGGCUCUGAUCUGCUGCCUAUAAAAAUGUCAGUAGAGAAAGACAUGAUAAGUGUAAAUCACAAUAACUUAAAAGAAUAUUUUAUAAAUUGCAUACAUAAUUCAACAGGCCAUUUGACUAAUGAUGUUGAAUUACCUUUAAUUAAAAACAUCUUAGGAAUAUUUAACAAAAUUUCGUAA